AUGAUGAUGAUGGAGAGAAGCACAAGUGCCAGGUCACCCUUUAGUGGGCCCAUAGAACGGGGCCAUUCGAUUUCGCAAACUCACACCCACUCCUCCGAACCAAAGUCCGAGCCGAUGGACAUUACAACAACGACGGGUAGCCCAGAUAUGGACUCUCAGGGAGAUUCUGCUGCCCUAUCCGAUUCUAUAAAACCUGGAACGGCCGGUAGCUCCCUUGCUAUGGCCUCGGCUUCUAAUGGUCUACAGCAACCUAAAGUCCAAACCGCCUUCAUCCACAAACUUUAUAGUAUGCUCGAGGACGCCGCAAUUCAACAUCUCAUUUCGUGGGCAACAUCCGGGGAAAGCUUCGUUAUGUCCCCAACAGGCGAAUUUUCCAAAGUCCUUAGCCAAUAUUUCAAACAUACCAAUGUCUCGUCCUUUGUUCGUCAGCUUAAUAUGUACGGCUUCCACAAAGUGAAUGACGUUUUCCACUCCGCAUCUCCAGAUUCUGCGCUCUGGGAAUUCAAGCAUGGUGGUGGCAGCUUCAAACGUGGCGAUCUGGCUAGCCUUAGAGAUAUCCGACGCCGACCGUCAAGACCGGCAAUCCACAAGGAACCACAAUACAACCACGGAAAUCGAAAUGUGGUCCCCAGUACCCCCGGAACACCGAACGAGCAGUCGGUUGACACCAUUGAGGGUCGCCUUGCCAGCUUAGAGCAGGCAUACUGGGACGUUAACGGCAGAGUGCACCGUCUAGAGGAUGCUAAUCAUACAUUGGGCAAUCAGUGCCAAAAUCUUCUUGAGGGCCUAACCCGGUGCCACCAGUGGACUAUCGACCUGUCCCAAUAUAUCGCUAGGAUAAUCCCACAGUCCGAUGUUUCCAUUCUGAGAGAAAUCCAAUCAAGGCAAAAGGAAAUUGAGCGAUAUGCAACGUCUCUGGAGGAAAGCCUUGAAACAUUCCAGCGGGAACGCAUUCCAACCUUUUCUUUCCCACCGAUAGACAGUGCUGGGCCGAUGUCACCUCGACAAGGACCCCAGUACGAUGAGGACGGUCGACGUCCUCCACCGGCGCUUCGAGGCGGACUUGGUAGCGGGUACUUCCGCCCUCCAUUCACUUCCAGCACCCAGAACGGGUCCAUGGGCCAGAGACGAUUUGGUUCCAUGAGCGGCCCAGGUGGAGCUACACCGACCUCGUCACUUCAUCCCUCCUCGAUUGACAGACUUGCGCCUAGAGCAUCUGUAACUAGCCUCCCUGUCCAUCCUAGCCAUUUGUCAAGGCGCCAUACUUCUGCAGAUAUUAGACUACAGGGGUGGAACCCUCCAGGAAGUUCGCCAUUCUCUCACCAGUCCGCAGUCCAAUGGGGCAACAGCACGUCCAGCAGAUCAUGUGAACCACAAAACGCCCAGGAUGAGGCGCCCCCAAGCUUUUCCAAUUACGAAAUAAGAUCCCAAAAUCCUGCCCCUCGACCAUCAUUCUCUGUUCGAAAAUCACCACCACCAUUUGAGCCAUCUCUCUCCUCCAUCGGCCCGGAUAGCACAUGGUCUUUUGCUACAGCCAAGCAAACAACAAGCCCUUCUAAAUUCGACGCACCACCUCCUCCAAUGGGCUCCCGCCGGAGCAGCAUCGUUGCUAGCGGCGUCCAUGCGCUUUUAAACCCAUCGUCUGCCCAAGAUACGGUUUCCCGCCUAGACAACUCUAGUGACAAAGGAUCCGAUACGGAGCUAGCAAGCGAGGAAAGCCGGAAGAGAAAGAGAGUUGACUAG